AAAAUACCACUAUUAUCUGUGCGGGAUCUUUGAGGAUCUUUAAGGUUACUGAUGACAAUCUAUUAUUAUGAUAAACUAGUAUAAGUAAACUAGUAUCCCUUGACAUCACGUUUAUGGUUAUUUUUUAUUAUUUUUUCUUUACUUUACUAUUAUUCAAGUGCUCAUUAUUAUAUGGCAUGACCAUCGCUAUCUCCACUGAGCUAUAUAAAUAAUUAUAUAUCUCACAACCAACUAUUACCUUCCUUAUCCAUCACUAUCCCCAGAAGAAGAAAAAACCCACGUGUUUACCAAUAACAUUUGUAAACAUUUUCGAAAUGUACUCACAGUCACUGCCUUAACAACAAAAGGUGUUGAACCUAAAUCAGAGGUAAAAUGCCUUCAAUGGUAACAUGUUUAACGUGGGUUAGACGAGGAGUAACCAAAGCUCUGCCUGAUAAGGUUGAAUUAACACAAGAGGAAUUAGAAGAUUUGAUCAAAGAAACUAAGGAAAAAAUCAAAGAGAGAGAAGGAUCUGACUAUGAUGAAGAACAAAUGAAUGAGGCCAUUUCAUCACAACAAGACCCUGAUCAGGAUGAAGAAUUAGAUAAUUCUGAUGUGGAAGACAAUGCUGUACUCAAGGAAUAUGACUUGGAUAACUAUGAUGAUGAUGGCGAAGGUGUUGUCAUGACUGGUGCAGGAAUGGCUGGUCUGACUUACUUUGCAAACAAUCAGGAUGAUCCAUACAUCACCCUGAAAGAAGAUGACGAAGAUGAAAAAGAAGAUGUUCAAAUUAAAUCUACAGACAAUUUAAUUGUUAUUGGCAAAGUUGAUGAAGAACUUAGUAGCUUGGACAUUUAUGUUUACAACGAAGAAGAUACUGAUUUGUAUGUUCAUCAUGAUAUUUUGUUGGAUACAUUUCCGUUGGUGUUGGAAUGGCUCAACUUUGAUAUUGGAAAUGAAGAUAAACAAGGAAACCUACUUGCCGUCGGUACGAUGGAGCCUUUUAUUAAUAUCUGGGACUUGGAUGUGAUCGACGCAAUUGAUUCAGCGCUAACACUUGGGGAGAAAAAGAAAAACAAACAUAAAAAGAAAUCAAAGGGUUCUAUUGGACAUGUAGAUGCUGUUUUGGAUCUUUCGUGGAACAGAAAUGCAAGAAAUAUACUGUGCAGUGGUUCUGCGGAUUCCACAGUCGUCCUUUGGGAUUUAGCUGAAGCUAAGGCAGUGCAAGCUCUAACACACCACAAUAAUAAGGUUCAAAGUGUCUGUUGGCAUCCUUAUGAAGCACAAUCAUUACUAACUGGAUCUUUUGAUAAAACGGCACAAGUCGUAGACUGCAGAAGUCCUGAGGGCAGUUGUAGGUCAUGGAAGUUAAAAGGCGAAGUCGAGUGCACAAUUUGGAAUCAUUUUUCGCCAUUUUAUUUUUUGGCCAGUACAGAUAAAGGAAGCAUUUUUUGUUGCGACGUUCGAACGAAUGAUCCAGUUUUUACAUUACAUGCUCAUGACGAAGCGGUCACAGGAAUUGCAUUAAGCAGUCAACUGCCAGGGUGUUUGGUGUCUGUUUCGCAAGAUAAAUUUGUCAAAGUAUGGGACAUAGAGAACGAUAAGCCUUCAUUUAUAGCUUCUCGGGAUAUGAAAAUGGGUUCCAUACUAAAUGUAUCACCUUGUCCGGAUAGUCCUUAUAUUUUUACACUGGGCGGUGAGAAACAAGGCCUACAGAUAUUUGACAUUACACAGAGCGCUCCAGCAUGGAAGCAUUUUGAAAAUCGACAAUGUUUGGUAAACGUUGCAAAUGCGGAACCCGAAGGCGAGGCGAUGGUUGCACAAACAAAAGAGGAGACGAAAGAAACUGGGAUAGACGACGAUAUGGAUGUCGAAUCAAAUACUGUGUCGGCAAUGGAGUCACUUAGUUUAAAUAAAGACGAAAAGACCAGUUCUGACCGAAAGAAACUUAAAAGGAAAAAGAAAAAACGAAAAUAAACUCUAAAUUAAACAAGGGAUGCAGGCCUACUGGUGGCUAAGAAUGUAAACUAACAUUACACUGGAUAAUGAAUAAUAAACGUUUCUAAUAUGAA